AAGAUGGCAGCGGCAGUCUCUCACAAGGCCCCAGUCAUGCUUUUCGAUGUAAGACGUUCAAGAAGCCCCGGCCGUGCCACCUUUGCCACCAGCCCAUCCUUAACGAGGGGUCAUGCUGUAGAGUAUGCAAAUACGUUUGCCACAAGGUUUGCGAAAGCAAGGAGGCAGCAUUGCGUUACACGGACACCAGUUGGCACAUCUUCAACCAAAGUCGCAGAAAAUCCUCCGGCUCGAAAAAAUCCAUUACUUACGAAAAAUCCGAAAGUCUCGAUGAUAAUGCUCCAUUACUUCCGAACGGCUCCCUGCAAACCCCCACGACCGAAACCCCCCGAACGCAGGAACAGCCACCGAGUAGCGAAAAACCGAAAGAAAGAGAACCUGCGGAAGAUGCGGACUCUUCCUCGAGUAGUAUCGUGUACGAAAAAAUCGGGAAAAUACGCGACGGCGAUGUCCCGGACUCGAAACAAGUGAAAAUUCAAACUGUGGAGGUCGCUUACGAACCGGUGAAAAGCCAAGCUGAGAUUGUUUUGCAUGCGCACGACGAAUCGAUGAAAAAUGGCCAUGAGGUGAAUAAGAUGCUCCGUUCCACCUCCUACAAUGGCUUCGGAGAAGCGCUUACCAGUCAACCGAGGCCUUCUCGUGGAGGCAAUGCGAACCCCUCCAACACAAUGGACCUGAGUUAUGUCACCGAGAGAAUCAUUUCUAUGUGGUUUCCAUCCUCUGCAACACCACAUUCUUAUAGACAAGGCCAACAGCAAGCGUCUCAUAUGCUUAGAAACAAACAUGGUGAUAAUUAUAUGGUGUUUAAUCUCUCCCAACCCAAACGUGCCCUUAGAAACGAACAUAAGCACGUCAAAGAAGUAGGAUGGAUGCCCAAUUUAGCGCCACCUCUGGAGAGGUUAUGUAGCAUUUGUAAAGAAAUUGAGUCAUGGUUGUCAGGUGACCAACAUCGAAUAGCAGUUUUGCAUGCCAGGGGAAACAAGGAUAAACUAGGCGUGAUAGUGUCAUCGUACAUGCAUUACUCCAGCAUAUGUGGCAGCGCCGAACAAGCCUUAGAUAGAUUUUCAAUGCGAAAAUUUUUAGAAGAUAAUGUUGGACCUCUAAUUUUACCUUCCAAUAAAAGAUAUGUUGACUACUUUGCCGGACUACUUUCCCACCACAUCAAAGUAAAUGCGGCACCGAUGUACCUAACACACGUCACAGUGUUAGGUGCUCCAUCGUUCUAUCAAGGUGGAUGUAGGGCUUUCUUAAAAUUGUAUGAGGGGCACACUCCUGUUUAUACCUCUGGCAUUUAUUCUAUAUCAAGUGGCAUCAGCCAAUUCACAGUAAACGUAACGGGAGACGGAAGAAAAGGCUUACAACUUAGAGGGGAUAUUCUCAUCAAAUGUUACCACCGAGGAGAAGUAGGAAGGGAAACUAUUUUUGCUUGCCAGUUCCAUACGUGCGCUGUUUCAGAUCACACCUUGAGUUUUACCAGACAAGAGUUAGAUUUUGCUUGCAACGAUCCUAGGUUUCCCUUGGACGGCGCUGUUGAGCUUCAUUUUUCACCAGGUCCAGAAGGCCGACAUCCAGUACCGGCUCCAACGCCUGCUGUACCUUUUAUACAUAGCGACGAUCCUAUAACGAGAGCAGAUAGUCCACUGUUGGAGGAUUAUGAGGACUCGGAAGAGUAUGAUGAAGAAGACGUAAAUCAUACCUUCGGACCUUUAGACGGAAGCAUCUACGCUACUAUCGCAAAAAAGCCGGAAUUGUCACCGGGAGCUGUUUCUAGUCCAUUGACGGUGUCGAUGGACAGUGGCAUAUCAUCAGCAGGACACCAUCCGCCGAACGCCAACACCACCACCUCCUCGGGCAGUCCACCUCUCACGGCUCAACCGUCCCCUCUCACUCCGGAAGAUCAACACCGCGAACUUGACGAACUGCUCAGCGAUAUGAUGCUCACCGUUCAGUCGAUUCCGGACUUGAAACCGUCGCCGACCUCAUCUAUUAACGUGAGAGAAGAAGAUAACUUCCGAUUUAUAGACGACGAAGACGAGAGGGGUAUUCCGUACCACGCUAGGCAGACCAGUCAACCCUUCAGCUACGGGAUAAACGCCAACAUGAUCAGCGAGUCCAAGCGGCUUGCCAGCCCUUCCCUUGUGCGAAAAGCCAGUGGCAAAGGUUCGAUCAGCAACGAUGGGAUCUACACAAUGGGCAGUGACAGCACUUACAAAAGUUCUCCCAGUAGUGACGGCACAUACAAGAGCUCUAUCAGUAGCGAUGGUACGCUGAGGAAAGUGCAGGCACAGGUGUACCCGGAAUUCGGAACUAAAGUUAACAGUUAUUCGAACAGAAAUCAUUUAGAUGAUAUAUACAAUACAAGUCAAUCGCUUCAACCAAUAAAAAGGGACUUCAGAGAAGAAUAUUACAGAGAAGAUGUAAGAAGGUACGAUCCUUUAAAGAGAAGCCUCACCGAAGGCACAAUAAGAAGAAGUCCAGAGAAAAUCUAUAAGCAGUCACAGUCAUUAGUAAACAGCCCAUAUUCGGAUUCAGAGAGCCUGUCACCUCCAGGUGCUUUUAGAAACAACACAAAGUCGCCAGAAUUUCACGAAACGUACGCUACCAGUUCCAAUUUAACAUGGCUUCAACGCCAACAACAAAAAUUAAAAGAACGGAGAGAACUUAUUCUGAGAGAAGAGCGCCAGCCACAUGAAACCAGGCUUAUGUCUGAACUUCGCUCGAUACAGUCCAGGCAUAUGCGUCCUACUGCAAGUCAUCGUCUUGACGGCUAUACCAGUGACACCACAGCCUUCGCUGACGAUGACGAAGAUUACACUAUUCCUCUACACAUCAAUACCAUGCACAAAAAUGGAACCUCCACUCCCGGAUCUACCAGUACUUACAGUACUCUGAAGUCUACUUAUAGCAACAGUGUUAAAAAUGAAAGGCCUUUCGUCAGCGUCAAAAGGGCUCACGAACGAUAUGCACAAAAUGGUAACCAGACCCCAGCACAAAUUUUAGCUGCAAACCCUUUAGGGCACGUAGUCCGUCCUCCUUCCAGAAGCACUGACCAAGUAGAUAGUGGACUUUUAUCGUUAGCGGAAAAACAGCAAUACAAAAACUACAGUAAACAACAACAAACGGUGGGUAUUGAAAGUGAGACGGACAGUUCACCGACUGCAGAGGAAAGGCUACCCAGACCACCCACGGAUGGAAAGCCGUCUGGUGAUCAUAGAUCUUCUAUCGACAGAGAGCAACCUGUUGGUCAACGGCAGCUUGUUGAUCGAGUUGAUCAUAGAUCACCUAUUGACAGAGAUCAACCUCAACAGCUUGUUGAUCGAGGGGAACGCUCUGAAGAUAGGUCAGACGGCAGACCUCCUGUGGAUGGUGCUAGGCUAGAGGCGCUGAAUGACCUGAUCGCUAACCUAUCGAGUGGGUCUGAUAAAUCUAACGAGAGUCCUAACAAUGUUGCACCAGCAUGGCAGUACCAACGUGAAGAAUCAAUUCAGUCUUGGCGAUCACAGACAGGCACCGAGCUGGACUCGAGUCCUUCUCACAAUUCUUCUCCGAGACCUCAAACCCCAGCGUUUCCUGUGCACGCCAGGACUCCGUACAUAAAUGCUUCUACUCCAACUGUACAAUUCGACAUACCUUCCGAACGAUUACCUCCAAAAAGUCCUACAACCCAGAGACGUUUGAGUUUCCCUUCGUCAACAUACAAAAACAAUAUGAAGUGGUCACUUUCUCCUGAAAGAAAGGACCGACCGACUUCUCCCUCCGACUUGACCAACGGUUCAUCAGAAUACACUCACACAAUAACUAACCGCAGCAUUUCGGCAACGCCAACAUCAGGUUUCAGAGAUACCACCGAUAACUAUCAGCAUAGUCCAAAAAGUCCAAGCUACAAUGGGUCUUCUUCCCCCACCGUUUACUACGGAACAUCCAGAAGAAGCUCCAUCAACUCGAACAACGAAUCGCCACAUGAGGUUUCAGCAGCUAAUGUAAAAUUUGUUAGAGAUACUUCCAAGUUUUGGUAUAAGCCUUCUAUUACCAGAGAACAGGCUAUCAUUAUGCUCCGUGAGCAACAACCAGGAACUUUUGUAGUAAGAGACUCGAACUCCUUCCCAGGAGCUUUUGGAUUGGCCUUAAGAGUUGCAACAGUGCCAUCGAACGUGCAAAACAAGAGUGGCUCCAGUGACGAUUUAAUCCGCCACUUUCUUAUUGAACCCACCAGCAGAGGAGUUCGACUAAAGGGAUGUCAGAACGAGCCAGUGUUCAGCUCUUUGUCCGCAUUGAUAUACCAACAUUCGAUUACCCAGAUGGCGCUUCCUUGCAGACUUAUUCUUCCAAAUGAGGACUUGAGGUAUUCGGAACAAAAUGGCGUCCAGCAACAAUCACUCUAUACGCAAGGAGCAGCCUGUAACGUUCUGUACCUCUCCACCAUCGACAUGGAAUCGUUAACCGGACCCGAAGCUAUCAAGAAAGCCGUGAUGCAGCUCUUCCAGAAAAACCCACUUCCAGGCACGGCAGUAGUUCACUUCAAAGUCAGCGACCAAGGUGUAACAUUAACGGACAACAAACGAAAGUUGUUCUUUAGAAAACAUUACCCUAUUAAUACAGUGUCGCACUGUGGACUGGAUCCCGCCGAUCAUAAGUGGCUCGUCAAUGCCGAAGAUACAGGAGCAGAGAAAAGUUCUAAUAGAAUAUUCGGCUUUGUAGCUAGAAAACCAAAUGUUAAUAAUCCCGACAACCAGUGUCAUCUAUUUGCUGAACUAGAACCCGAGCAACCAGCAGCCGCCAUUGUAAAUUUCUUAAACAAAAUCCUGACAUCUAGUGGCAUCAAACCCAACAUCGUCUGAAACGAAACGUGGGAAACCCCCAAUCUCCCCCAUCACUACGUCAACAAAUCGACCGAAAAAAAGUUUAACGAAUACAGCUGUUACAAAAUUUCUAACGCCUAGUCCCUUUUUAUUUAAUAUAAUAUAUAUACUUUUAAGAUUAAUAAAUUGUUUUACUUCAGAACAAGUUUUCUGAAGUAUAUUAUAUAUGUAUAUAUUUAAAUAACACUAAGUGUGCCUGUCCCAAUUUAUUUUUCAUGAUUCAUUUUUUGAUAAGGUGGCAAACCUGAGGCUGUCAAACCUGAGACUGCUUGGUGACAGGGUACGUUAGGUUAUGUAACGUAACCUAACUGCUUGGUGUCAGAUAAUUUGAGACCGUUUGGUGUCAGGUUUGUCGCUUAUCAUUGUUGUAUUUUAUGUUCGUGGUGAAGUGCUUGAAAUAUUUGAAAUAUUAGCAACGUUCACUGAUUUUUUUGAAUUUUCAGAAAAAGGUUUCUACUGUACCUUGACGCCAUUUUUGUUAUGAGAUAUAAACAAAAAUUUUAAAUUACUGAUCAAAAUUGUUUAUCAGGUAUAAGGUAU